AUGGAGCAGUCAAAAUCAGGUUUGUCAUUUCAAUUAGGUUUUCUGGUAAUUUUUUGCGUUUCGUUGUAGGAAGGGCUCGCUUCUACGAACAAAAUAAACGUAGAGACAUUUUACACAACAUUCCGGACUUUGAAAACUCAUCGAAUGACGAUACUGUUAUUUUCGAGGUGAGUUCUAGCAUUCAGGCCCUGGGCGGUGAAGAAAUGCUGGACAGACCGGAUUGCCGGCUCUUUUUUUUUCCUUUUUCAAGCAAAAAAUAGCUUUGAAACUCUUUUUGUUUCCCAUUUUUUCGUAUUUGUAGUGUUACGGCACAAUUUUUAAAGCCAAUUAAAUUUUUUUUUAAGUUUAUUAUCAAUGAUCGCAUAAUUAUUGAUUAAAAAAAAGUAAACUUAAAUGCGUUCAUAUCGUGAAAACCUGAACGGAAUCAAAAGUUAAUUUUUAAAAGCGAGAGCAAUUUGCUUUCGAUAGCCGAGAACCUGGUUUUCCUCACAUUUCGAGAACGCCCUAAGGGUUUUUUUAAAUGUUUUUAAUCGAACAUUUUUUUCAGGAUGAGUGUAGUCAACGGAUUGACAUCUCUGCAAUGAUAGUCUGCGACCAUCCGUUAGUUGAAGGCUUCUUACGAACUUUAUGUUCUUUGAUUGAUAAAUCUGACAUUGCCGUCAACACUGCCAUUGAAGAACUUUGGCCGUCUUUGCUACUGUAUGCAGAGACAGGUUUUCGUAUUUUCUCCGGGGUUUUUAAUUUUUAUCAAAUGCCUCGCAGCACUUCAAAAGUCCGAGCAAGACGAGUACGCAGCAAUCGCACAAGUUUCAUCCUUUGUUGGUUUCCUCAAGGAAAUGUUCGAUUUUGCCAACACCUCCUUACAACUUUUUCGCAACUUGAUUCAACAAAUACGACUUUUCCAUCAGAUUGAGUGAGUUGAACUUUCGAAGAAAGAUCAUGGCAAAAAAACUUCCAAAAUGAGCGUAACCAGUGUCUUUUCAAGCCCGAACGUACUGAAUGGGACGGAGAAAGUGCACCUGAGGAAAGCAUGGCGUUCUCUUGGAGAGCUGCUGGCUAUUUUCGUCCAACUUGACGAGCUGAUAUCAAGUCGAGGAAUCAUCAAGUCUCACGUCUCUUCCUACAUAAGGUUGCUGUCGCAGCGGAUAACGGGGAAGAUCUUCUAGUUUUGCAGGACUUUGGAAACGACGCUCCACAACCCGACGCAGUUCGGGACGACCUUCGAGAAGUUGAGCGAAUCCGUGUCUGUGAUGCAUGAAAUCGAGCGUUUUCUUCUUUCUGGCAAUUCGCUCAGGGUUCGAACUAAAAGCCUGAUACGCAAUUUAGGAGUAUUCCUAAUCUUUUCUUUUCAUUUUAUUGAAGGUUUCGUGAAGACAAUUUUGGAUUUUCCAAUGAAAGUUCAAGAGGAAGACUUCUAAAAUUUCAUCAGAAGUUUUUUUUUUAAAUUUUUUUUUCUUUCAUUUUUUCAGGCUGUUAAAUCAAUGGUCUUAAAGCUUGUUUUUAAAAUUUUUUAAAAUUCUCUUUCUCCUACAAUAUUAAUUUCUCAUCAAAUCUAUGAACUAUAACUAAAAAGUUCUUUCGAAGCUUUUCCCAGGUAUGUCCUAUUGAAUUUAGUACGUUUUUUUAUGAGAUCUCAUUUUCUUUCAACAUCUUUCUUUUCGUUCAGUUAACUUCAUUGCUUCUUAAGUCGUUUGGAGGAUUUCAAUAUUAUAUUUUUUUCUCGAUUAUUGAAAAAAAUCUUUGAAAAAAAUUCCUAAAAAAAUUUCAAUUAAAGUUUUUAAAUUGCAGUAUUGCUACGAGCAGACUCUUGGGGAUCUUGACAUGAGUCACGAUUUCGCGGACAGAAUGUACGCCGAAGUCAGUGAUAUGUUCGCGAGAUGGGAGAAAGCUGCAGGUUUGGAGCUUUUGGAACACUUGGGGAUCGAAGAUGAUUUUCUACAGCUGAAGAUAUUCCUGACAAACGCUUCCUGCUGUCGAUAACUUCCCUCACAGUCUAUUACCAUAUGCAUUUCGCGAAUUUUGCCAAAAAGAAGCUCGCGAAAGCCGUUUGGACGUCUCAUAAGAAGGUUCCUUUGUUAUUAUGAACUGUUUUCAGUUUUCGAUUAAGAUUCUUUCGUUCCAUCUUCUGGGAGAUAUCAUUUUCGUUCCUUGCGAACUGUUGCUGCGAGAAUUGGCCGACACUUCAUUGACGGACAAGAAAACGAUAGCAAUCGUUCAACAGGCGCGGUAAAUAUUGAAAAAAAGUUUUAAUUCAAUAUGAACUAUCAAAUUUUCAACUGGUGGAAUGUGAAUUGAUUUUCAACUGAAAAAAUAUUAUAUGAGGAAAGAAACUACAAGUUUUUCAUUAAAAUAGAAUUUUUUUCUCCAGAGACAGGUUUUUCAAAAAGGGUGUACCUUGUGAGUGACACUGAUUUGAAUAUUUUUGCUUUCAGGGUUUUCUAAAGUGACCUAAUAAAAAAAAAUAUUUAAUGAUGCAGUAUCACAGUUUUACAGUCAAACACUUCGAAGUGCGACUCAUGUCGAAGGAAUGUUGGCUGAGGCCGAUGCAGCUCGGCUUGAAGUUGAAGGUUACGUACUGGAAGUGGAGAACGAGAUCCGGUCUGUUCUUUUGGACCUCUCCGUAUCUUGAGGGUUCAGAAAUAGGUCUGCCAAUGCUGGACAAGUGGCGGCUUCGAGUUUGCGUCUUUCGCAGACCCUUCUAAAGGUGCUUAGUUCCAUCUUUUCUCAAAGUUUCCAUCACUUUUCGGAUUUUCCUGUUCAUUGAAUCUUUCGAAAGUAGUCGUGAAUUGAGACUGGAAAAUAUUUCGAUUUUUUUGUGAUAUCGGUUAUUAAUGCCGUGAGCAGAGUGAUUUAGUGAUUUCAAAAAUAGCGGUCAGAGAAAAAAAUUAAUAAAUAAAGUUUGGACAGUCAGAGAUAGUUUUGCAUUUCGCGGAUAUCACUUUGAACACGGCAUAAGAAAAACUCCUCAGUUUUAUUCUUACUGAAAAAUUGAAAAUAUUUGUCUAAUCACGGUUGCUAUCUGCUCUCAGAUCUAUCAAUUGUAUUCUCAUCGGAACAGUGUUCCCUUCAGGGAGUACGGCUAGCGGACACGAUGACGAGGCUGCUGAAGACGGCUUUGAACGGCUUCGACGGCGAGCACAAAAUGACCAAGCGCCUCGCGUUCACGGUUUUCGGGGUGGUCGAGGCUGUGAAGGUCGGGCUCCUGUGCGGACCCAGAAGAACCAAGAGAAGGUUUCAGGAGCUGACCAGACUCUUCUCGAGCAAUUGGCGGAGCUUCUCCGAGGCGGCGGCCAUGUCGAGCCAGCAAUGGCGAUGCCACGUCCUGUCGUUGCUCGAACAGGCGCGUCAGACGCUUCGGGAAAAUGUCGCGACGACGUCUUCGGCCAGGGAAAACGCCCUUUCCGUUGCCAUGGCCAGCGUUCUUCACAGCGGUUUGUUGUUGUUUGGCUCGCUUCGAGCGGCUUAAGAAAAUUGAAAAAAGACUGCGUAUAUCAGAAAUCGAUGUCAAUUAUACACAACAAAUUUUUUUACUUUCAUUCUACCUUUUUUUGAAAAUUUUUCUUCCUGUUGUUCAUCGUUGAAUUAGAUGAAUAUUCUAAAAGUUAAAACCAGAAAAAUUUCGGAAUUUUAAAGAAUGAAGGUUCAAAGUUGAAAAAAAGUUUCCAGCAAAUCGAAAGUGAUUUUUUAAGUUGAUAUAGUGAACGAAACAAAAAAAAACACCCGAAAUUGUGGACUAUAUCGCAGCGAGAGUAACGCUAUACCGCGGGGGAGCCGCGAGCGAUAUCCCUCGCCUCUCGCUGCGACCUCGCAAACGUCUUGCGCUAUAUCGCUUUCUGAAAAAUUUUUCUUCAAAAAUGUUUUUUUCUUGGAUUUGAUUGAUUUCAUCAUGAAAUUAAAAAAUAAAGCGAAAAAAAUGUUUUCAAAUUUCAAAUUUUUGAGUGGGAGCGAUAUAGCAGCGAGACUUUGACGAGGUCGCAGCGACAUGUUGACGAUAUCGCAGCGAGAAGCCUUGGCUAUGUCGCGUGCGGCCCGCUGCGAUAUCGGCAAUUAUGUUGGGCUCUUUGUUUCUUCGAUAUUAAUUGUUUUUUUUUUCAAUUUGAAUUCAUUUAAGACUUCCAACCUGUACAAAUCAAAAUUUUAAAUUUUUUUAAGCUUCUCGACCAAGAACGGUUGUUUGUGCAGUUGCGUUGGAAAUAGCUUGCAUCGAGGUUUUAGCUUUAUAAUUGUUUCUCUUAUUUUUUUCCUUCCUCAGGAGCUUCUCUGUUCGACAGACUUGAAACAACUCUACACUCUUUUGAAUCGUAUCGAAACCUUGACUUCGUCACGCAAAUUGGUAUCGAGGUAGUUUUAAUGUUUUUUAUUUAAUCAUUUUAUUUUUAAGAGUAACGAAUUGUUCAUUUCUGCUCCACAAUAAGCCUCUGAUCGCUUUGUUUUGGGAGACGGCGUUGAAAAGAAAGCCUUCCAUUGAAGCAAUAGAUGUAAAGUAUACAAGAAUGAAUAGUUUCCAACCGGAAGAACUCCAGAAUUUUUGCUCGGCGAUCAGCGACUGCGCCCAACUUUGCGCCAAAUCUCGUCAUGGCGGAACAUCUUCUGAAGGAAUUUCCACGGUUCUUGACGCCUUUUUGAACGAAUCGUUCGAAAUGCUCAGAAAGGUUCUUUACUCUCCAUAAAUUUAUAUGAUAGGAUGACCCUUUUUGUUCUCUUUUUCUCUUAGAAAUUGCAAAAACUUCUCGAAAAAGUUAGGUUGAUUGAAGUUGUAAUAAGAUCAGACCAGUGUUUAGGUUUAAAGAAUUCAUUUUUCGUCGAAGAGGUUUUUGUUUUCAAAGUUCACUUUCAUUUUUUCUAAUGGCUUUUUACUUCGAAAAAAAAUGAGCUUCUUCUGAAAACCGCCUUCAGGGUCUUUUGGCGCCGUUGUGUGGUGUCUUGGAAAACGAUCUUCGCAUUUUAACGCAUAAACAUCUACAAAUAGAAUCCAGGUGAACAUCUUGCAAUCCAGCUUUUUAAUGAAGUUCGUUUGUUAAGUGAUCGUUUAUCGAUGGAAGAAAACUUUUUUCUGAGACAACUGCUGAAAAAUCCACGCCUUCAGAUCUACACCAAAGUUGUAGAUAUACGAGGUUUCCUCUGAACGCAGACAAAAACGAUUUUUUCUUCAGAGUUUGUGGCAAGGUACCUGGAAAGAACUUUUUAUAACCUGACGGUUGUCGCGCCGCACGACUCCAACACCUACUUGAGAAUGGCCGAUUUGGCGUCUCAAAAGUCAGUUAUCGGUGAACAUUUGGGAGGGAAUUCUCGGCUUCUAGAUACGACAUCGAUCUGAUCGACGGCCAACUGCAGCGGGGAGGGAUCGACGAAACUCUGGACGUUGUCCAAGUCACCAGACAUCUCUCUUCUUUCGUCACUCAGUACAACUAUUGUCUUAAUCUCCAGGUUUUUCUUUCAUUCCAGUCAUAUCUAAAUUCUUUGGAGAGAAAAUUGUCUAUGAUACUCCUUCGCGCAAAAUUGUGAUGCUUCAUUUUUGUUUUUAUUUUUUUCGCUCUUUUUGGUGUCUAGUCACUUCAUGACGUAUAGACACUUUUUCAUCAGUUUCUUUACGGUUGAAAAAAAUUUAGUAGAAAAAUGCAACUACGUUGAAGUUUUUCAAGCAACUAGAAAAAAUUUUUGAUUUUGAACACACCUUUCGUCUGCACGUUUCAUAAAUUGGCGUCUGUAUAUUUCAUAAAAUGGAACAUUUCUAAUGCACAGAGAAAUUUUUUUGCAGUUGUUCAUUGAAAAAGAGUCGCCGAACAAAAGUCUCCGCGUCUUGUCGAAGGAGCAGAUGACGGCGUCUUUGCGGAAGCACGGAACUGGCGUCCUGGCCACCAGCGUCAACAUCGCCUACCAGGUCCUCCGCAAGAAACUCAACGUCUUCCAUCAGUUUCUCUCCGACGAACACAUCCGCGCCCACUUGCAUCGGGAUGCGCGUUACUUCGAGGAGAACAGAGAGGAUCUGAACAAAUUGGUUGGUUGGGAAGGUCCUUGUGAGUGUUGAGGACUGUCUUCAGUACCCGAUGAAAAGGGCGGAGAAGUUCUCGAGAGCCAUCUCUCGUCUUGGAAUGGCCGCUGAGGAUCAGACGUAUAUCGACAAGUUCCGCGAGCUCGUCGCUCAGGUGAGUUUUUGUUUUUUCUUUUUCAUCUACCUGGUGAAAUUUCUGAAAUUCUCAACCUGCAUAGUUUUUUAUUUCUCAAGAAAAGUUCCUAAAAAUGAUCUUCCUGUAAUAAUUAUAAGCUUAAACUUGUUUUAUACUUUCCGAAAAUGGGAAGUUCUACAGGUGGAGAUUCGCAGCAUCUUCGUCUGGUACAGUGAAGAGUAUUCAUUAAGAAAUGGUUGAACAAAAAGUAAAAAUCACCUUUUUUCUGAAAUAUAUUCUUUUGGCAUGGAAAAAAAGAAUGAAAUAAGUACGUUUCCUGAAUUUUGCUGGAUUCCAGAUUGGAAACACACUUGGAUACGUCCGAACAAUGACUUCCAGUGCAGCGGCCGUCCACAGCGAACUCCGCGACUACGCCGACGACGAGGACAUGUCCCUUCUCAUGGACGGAACUUCGCUCGUCGAAGACGAAAGUCUCCUUUUCGAAUAUUUUCUUUUUGAAUAAUUGUUCAUCAUUUGCUUUGAGUAAUUAUAAUCUCUGUCAGAUGCGAUCGAAAGCGAAAAAGCAGUCAGGACGCUGUGUGAUGCGUUAAAUGAAUUACACGACCAAGGCGAUAAAUCGAAAGAUUUCAGCAAGGUAAUGAAGAACUCCUUUCGAAAAUGUUGGAAAAAUAAGUUUCUUAUUUUUAUGUAAAAUUUUCUCAUCCAUCAGUUCAUUAUUACUUCGUUUAACCACCGGAAGAGAAGCCAAAUGAAAUUAUUUUGACCUUAGCCUUUUUCUGAUUUCACUACGGAAAAUUGUCUAAAUCUUAUGUUUCAGGGCUUCACCUUGUGCCUAAAAAUAUCUUUAAUUGAUGCUUGUAAAUUUUUUUUUGUUAAAAUGAAAAUAUCAAACAAUUGGGUCGCGGUCUUUCGGGCUAGAAAUCUAAAAGUUGGGGAAUUGUAACCGAUUGCCUAUACCCUCUUAUCUUAAACUACUGAAUAAUUUGAACUUGCAGAAAAAAAUCUUCUCCUUCCUGUGCGAAGUAUAUUAAGAAACUUAUUUGUUCACUCAGAUGCUGGUGGAGGUGUUCAACAGCUCCUUGUCGACGUCUCCGCAGCAAUUCGGCCAUCUCGGCCUCUUCUACAUCGUCGUGCCGGCCCUGACGAUGUGCCACGUCGAGCACAUGCUCACGAAUCGCGAACGUCUUCAGAGACGCGCCGCUUCCAACAAGGAGAUCACCUUCACCGACGACGGAUUCGCUCUCGGUUCUCCCACUUUUCCGAUCCUUCCAACUCCUUUUUUCUAACUCUAGGCGUCGCCUACCUGUUGUCGGUUCUUGGCGUUUGGCCGCGUUUCAACUCUCUCAACUGGUUCAGAUCUGUUUUGAGGUCAUUUUCCAACUUAUUUCUCUACUCUGAUUGUUAUUUUUAGAACCUUGGAAGAAGAGAAGGCUGAGCAGGAGACUUUGAACGCGAGAGAAAGUCGAGGAGCUCAUUUGAAAAUUUCCCGCCUUCAAGCUUACGAAAGGGUGAUUCUUUAGUUUUUUUUUUUCGCCUAUUGACGAGACACGAAGAUGGAAACUCACCUCAAUUUACAGGAGUUCCGUUUGCUGCUGUUCACUUUCCAGUCGGCCGGCGUGUUUUUCUCGUUUGAUUCCGCUGAAUAA